UUUUCAGCGUCAAAAGCAUGGGCGAAAAAUUUUGCCCUUCGAAAACAGAGCUAACAGACAGUCAAUAAGAUGAAGAAGAAAGCACAAUCGAUCAUAUACAAUACUGCCCCUUUCUCGCUCUAGAAAUCGAUUGAAGGCAGCUGUGGCGAUGCUGUGACGAAAACAACCAUCACAGACCACAAUUAAUCAAUCUCCAUGGCCUUCCGGAGACUUCUCUGCUCACUUACUCUGUGCGCUGUUUUGUUGAUUUUUUCAGAAUCUCCGGCUAAAGUUACCGCCGGUGACAUAGUCCAUGACGACGAUCUGGCCCCGAAGAAGCCUGGAUGUGAGAAUGACUUCGUUCUGGUAAAAGUUCAGACAUGGAUUGACGGCAUGGAAGACGAGGAAUUCGUCGGGGUUGGAGCUAGAUUUGGCAAGAUAGUAUCGAAGGAAAAAAAUGCAAACCAAACUCACCUCGUCCUCUCCGACCCCCGCGACUGCUGCAGCCCGCUAAAAAGAAAGUUUUCCGGAGACAUUCUAAUGGUGGAUCGUGGUAAGUGCAAAUUCACUGUUAAGGCAAAUUUUGCUGAAGCAGCAGGUGCGUCGGCUGUCCUCAUAGUAAACAACGAGCGAGAACUUUACAAGAUGGUUUGCGAUCCCGACGAAACUGAUCUUGAUAUUCAAAUUCCAGCUGUCAUGCUCCCGCAAGAUGCCGGUAAUACGUUGGAGAAAAUGCUAUCGAACGGCUCGUCAGUGUCCGUGCAGCUUUAUUCUCCGAAGAGACCCGAGGUCGACAUAGCCGAAGUAUUUCUUUGGUUGAUGGCAGUCGGGACUAUCUUGUGCGCUUCUUAUUGGUCUGCAUGGAGUGCUCGGGAAGCAGCCAUAGAGCAAGAUAAAUUGUUGAAGGAUGCUACCGACGAUUUUUCGAACAUUACUAAAAGCACGGAGAGAAGCAGCGUGGUGGAUAUCAACACUAUAUCCGCCGUUCUGUUUGUAGUCGUCGCUUCGUGCUUCUUGAUUCUAAUAUACAAGCUAAUGUCGAUUUGGUUCAUUGAACUCUUGGUGGUUCUCUUUUGCAUUGGUGGCGUAGAGGGGUUGCAAACUUGCUUAGUUGCAUUACUCUCAAGGUGGUUCAGUCGAGCGGGGGAAUCAUUUGUUAAAGUUCCUGUCUUGGGGGCUGUCUCGUAUCUUACUUUAGCCGUUUCUCCAUUUUGCAUCGCAUUUGCUGUGGUUUGGGCAGUUUAUAGAGACGCCUCGUUUGCGUGGAUCGGGCAGGACAUCCUCGGAAUUGCGCUUAUAAUUACCGUUCUUCAGAUUGUCCGGAUUCCUAAUCUCAAGGUUGGUACAGUUCUUUUAGGCUGCGCUUUCAUCUACGACAUCUUUUGGGUGUUUAUCUCGAAGAAAUUGUUCAAAGAAAGCGUGAUGAUUGUGGUAGCGCGCGGCGAUAGAAGUGGCGAGGACGGGAUCCCUAUGCUUUUAAAGAUCCCACGCUUGUUCGAUCCAUGGGGUGGCUAUAGUAUAAUCGGCUUCGGAGACAUCCUCUUGCCCGGAUUGGUUGUUGCGUUUUCCCUUAGGUACGAUUGGCUGGCGAAUAAAAGGCUACGAACCGGAUACUUCUUGUGGGCGAUGGUCGCAUAUGGAUUAGGUCUUCUUAUUACAUAUGUCGCGCUAAACUUGAUGGACGGCCACGGGCAACCGGCAUUGCUCUACAUUGUCCCGUUCACACUCGGGACUUUCUUGGCGUUGGGGAGAAAGAGAGGCGACUUGAGGAUUUUAUGGGAGAGAGGGGAACCCGAGAGGUUGUGCCCACAUGUUCGACUUGAAUCCGUGAUGCAAGAAUAGCUUAGAAAAAUCGUAUUUCGACACACUAUAAGCAAUAGUGUUGUAUAAGAGUCGAGUACGUAUUUUAUACACAUAUGUUAAGUCUUAAGAUUCGUGACGAACUUAGAUAUUUCUCGCUUGAGUGUUAGGUCUGAGUUCGAUCCCGAGUCGGUGUGUGGGUAAAAAAAAAAUAUUUGGGAGGAACUUAGUAAAAAGAAAAAAAAUCCCUUAGGUGAUCGAUGUAUGUAUUAUGUAACAAGUUGAAUUUGGAUCGAGAUCUGAUUUAGAAGUCUAACAUAUUUUGUAAAUGUAUUAUAUUCAAUACUUAUUUUUAAUUUAUUUUUUUUAUGUAAAAUGUUAUAUUGAAAUUUCA